AGAGAUUAAAUCCCACAAAUCACAACACCCAUGUCUUUUUUUCUGGCUGUCAGUGUUCUCUAUCUCUCUCUCUCUCUCUCGCUCUCUCGCUCUUUGUCUCUCUGCAUAAUAGGGGGACGUUUCAAAACGGAAUGAUAUGUUGGGAGCUAUGGCAAGUGCGAUAUGGGUUUUCUACUAGAAAGAUCUUGACACUUAACAAGGGUGCGGAAACCUUCAUUCUAACAGCAUCCCUUUGAGCUUGUUAUCGGUUUGGGGAUGAAGAAUUGAAGGGUUCUUGUUAAAAAAGAGUUUGGUUCAGCUUUUUCUGUCUCGGAUUUGGUCGUGAAGGUUUACCGUUGGAGAUUGUGUCAAGUGGUGCCGAAUUUAGAGAGAGAAGGAUGUCCUUGACAUACCCAUCUGUUGAUUUUAGCUGGAGUGGGUUGGAUUUUGCCUCCUGCGGGUGUUCGAGCAAAUGCUGUAUUUCGAGCAUCGGCUUCCCUUAUCGGAAGCUUUCUCAGCAAGGUGACCGAUUGUUCCGCCAGAAGAAGAGCUUCCACUGUGGAGUGUCUUCAGUUCAGAGGCCGGAUGUUAUGCUAAACGUUAAGGAAGAAGAUGUAGCAUUGUCAUUCAACCGUGAUGUUAAAUUUGACAAUAGGGUUUCGAUGUCUUCUUUGCUAGCUGCUGUUGCUGAUGACCUGCGCAUGUUAAACGAAAAUCUCCAAUCAAUAGUUGGUGCGGAAAAUCCCAUGUUGAUGUCAGCAGCAGAACAGAUUUUUGGUGCUGGUGGAAAGAGAAUGAGACCUGCAUUAGUGUUUCUUGUUUCACGAGCCACAUCUCAGAUGACAGGAUUGAAGGAUGUUAGACCACAACAUCGGCGAUUAGCAGAAAUUAUUGAGAUGAUUCACACAGCAAGCUUAAUACAUGAUGAUGUAUUGGAUGAAAGUAGCUUGAGAAGAGGAAAGGAGACAAUUCAUCAACUUUAUGGUACUAGGGUUGCAGUGCUAGCUGGCGAUUUCAUGUUUGCUCAGUCAUCAUGGUACCUUGCAAAUCUAGAAAACAUUGAAGUUAUAAAGCUCAUUAGUCAAGUCAUCAAAGAUUUUGCAAGUGGUGAGAUAAAGCAAGCCUCGAGCCUUUUUGACUGUGACCUUGCUUUGGAAGACUACUUGCUGAAGAGCUACUAUAAGACAGCUUCCCUAAUUGCAGCAAGCACAAAAUCUGCAGCUAUAUUCAGUGGUGUCGGUGAAAGAGUAUGUGAUGAGAUGUACAACUAUGGGAAAAAUUUAGGUCUAUCAUUCCAAAUUGUGGAUGAUAUACUUGACUUCACACAGUCAUCAGAGAAACUUGGCAAGCCAGCAGCAAGUGACCUGGCUAAAGGAAAUCUCACUGCCCCAGUCCUGUUUGCAUUAAAGAAGGAACCAAAACUUAGAGAAAUUAUUGAAUCUGAGUUUACUGAAAUGGGAUCUCUGGAAUUGGCUAUUGAAUUGGUUUAUAAAGGUGGGGGGAUUGAAAGAGCACGAGAUUUAGCAAAACAGAAAGCUGACCUUGCUAUUCAAAGCCUAAAUUGCCUGCCUCAGAAUGAGCUGAGGUCAUCGCUUGCAGGAAUGGUUAAAUAUGCUCUUGAACGAUUGGACUAGAAGUUGACCUUACCAAAUUGGAGAAAGCUUGGAGAAGUAAAUUCCUGCUUGAUUAUGAUUUCUCUGUGUGAUGCUGCUGAUUUUGGGAGUUACCCACCACUGCUUUCAGAUACAAGGAUAGAUGCGAUACAUGUUUAAUAUUUUCACCUUUUGUCUCUUCAAGAAUAGUACUCUCUUCUAGCAUAGUAAAUGUUGUAAUUACUGCUACUGCAACUUGGUUUUGUUCAACCUCAUUCUUUACAAUGAAUUUGUCGACACAAUCCUGUAUUUUAUGUGCAUUUUGUCGUGAGUUAUGUAAUAUUAUUUUGCUUAAGUUCAGUUCAAUCCCAUGUUUGCAUAAGCAUUUAGCAAA